AUGUUCGGAAUCAUAGCAGACCUCAUAGCCUCCGUCACCACAAUCCUCCUUCCAGCGUACCUCUCCUACAAAGCUCUGCGCACAAAUGAUCCAGCUCAGACGCACCCCUGGUUGAUAUACUUCACCAUUCUCUCCCUCACCCUUCUAUUCGAAUCCUGGACCCUUUUCAUAAUAGGCUGGAUCCCUUUCUACUCGUGGCUCCGCCUCAUCUUCCUUCUCUACCUCGUCCUCCCUCAGACCCAGGGUGCUAAGAUAUUCUAUCUGGACUAUUUAGAACCGUAUAUCGUCCACCAUGAGAGGCAGAUUGAUCAGUUCAUUGGCGAGACGCACGGUAAACUACAACAGAUGGGAUUGGGAUAUUUGAAUUUCGCGAUUGAAUGGGCGCGAGAGAGGAUUUUGGGGCAGAAGAGUCCACAACAGCCAGUUGGUCAGCAACAAGCGGCGGGUGUGGGAGGUUACGCAAGCUACGCAUCAGACCUCCUUUCCCGCUUCGCCAUGCCCGGGGCAAGGACGAAUACCCCUACCCAACCAGGAACAACUUCUGCGGGGGUGUACAGUAUGGUAUCGAACUUCGCUGCAGGCUUGGCUUCUACGACCAGCUCCCCGCAAGGAACAUACCGCUCUGCGGCUACCGAAGCCGCCUCAAUCUCCAUUCCCCCAAACCUCUUUCAGUUCGAGAACAUCCCGGGCCAGUCGACGGCCGAGAAAUCCUCUUUCAUCACCGCUCAACGCGAUAGGUUACUGGGGCUGGUGAGGAUGCUGGAUAGCGAGCAGCAGAACUUGGACCUUGCCUACGGUGCUGCUCCAGGCGAGAACAGUGGACGUGGAGGGAACGGUGGGCAUAGUAAGCGGCCGUCGAGCUCCGGAUCCGGAUUGGCAAUGGGUGGUGGACUAAAGACAAAGUCACGGAGUGAGCAGUCGUUCGAGAAUGUCGACUACGACGAAGCCACCGGGGUUUCGAACACGCCGGCGGAUGCUUAUGAUCGUCGGCGGGCUAGCGGGGGUGAAGGCGGCGGCGGAGGCUGGAUUCCCGCCGGCGUAAGUGGAUGGUUCUCGGCCAGUGGCCCUGGUGGCGGUGCUGAAGGCGAGGGUCACUCUGACCGGUCCGAGCGGGACAUGGAUAGAGAGCGGAUGCGGGAUUCCGCAAGAUCAUCCAGGGGAUGGUCCGCUGCGAGGGAUAUCACGGACGAGAUCUCACGCGGUAUGAGUAGUGGUGUGGACACACUGAUGGGAGACCAUGACAGACGCAGAUCAUGA